UUCGUCAUCAGAGUCUCGCCAAGGCCCCGCCCCAAACCGUGUUUGUCCCGCCCCUUUGUCGUCACUUCCUCUCUAACCCUUGUGCAGUCGAUAAGGAAACCCGGACGCCGCCGUGGCCUUCCUUUUUUCAGGCAGCCGGGAAGAUGGCGGACAUUCAGACAGAACGUGCGUACCAAAAGCAACCGACCAUCUUUCAAAAUAAAAAGAGGGUCCUGCUUGGAGAAACUGGCAAAGAAAAGCUCCCUCGAUACUACAAGAACAUUGGUCUGGGCUUCAAGACUCCAAAGGAGGCCAUCGAGGGCACCUACAUUGACAAGAAAUGCCCUUUUACGGGUAACGUCUCCAUUCGAGGGCGGAUCCUGUCUGGUGUGGUGACCAAAAUGAAGAUGCAGAGGACCAUCGUCAUCCGCCGAGACUACCUUCACUACAUCCGAAAGUACAACCGCUUCGAGAAGCGCCACAAGAACAUGUCCGUGCACCUUUCUCCCUGCUUCAGGGACGUCCAGAUCGGCGACAUCGUCACGGUGGGCGAGUGCCGGCCCCUGAGCAAGACCGUGCGCUUCAACGUCCUCAAGGUCACCAAGGCUGCCGGCACCAAGAAGCAGUUCCAGAAGUUCUGAGACUGGACCUCUGCCUGCUGCCCCAAACACAAUAAAGUUAUUUUCCCAGUC